CCCACACACACCCGCGCAGGCCUCCGCCGGUGAUUUCUCUCCCAGGCCGGCGCGGCAGCGGCAUGGUUUGCCGGAUGAUCACCGGUCGAUGACGAAUUGACGGGCAAAUCAAAUUGCAUAGUGUAACUCCUUGCGCACGGGGAAACCAGUAAAAGCCCCAAAGCCACCGUGACCUCCUCCCCCUCCCCCACUGAAAACCGAGGAAGAGCCGGGGAUAGGUAGCCGAUCGACGGCGACGGUGGCUGCUCCGGCGACCGUGUCCUCAUGUACGCGGCCGCGCGCCGCCUCCUCUCCACCCGCGCCUGCGCCGCCGCCGCCGCGCGCGCGUCCCCUGUGGCCUCGCGAGCGCCCUCCUGCUACUCCGCGGCGCAGUCCAAGCCGCCGCCGCCGCGGUUCCCCACGCCCAAGGAGAUCCGCCGGGGCCUGGACCAGUACGUCGUCGGCCAAGACAAGGCCAAAAAGGUGCUCUGCGUCGCCGUGCACAACCACUACAAGAGGAUAUACAGCGAGCCCUCCACCAAGAGCUCAUCGCAAACCUCGGCGGCCGAUGAUGAUACUGAGCUCGAAAAGAGUAACAUCCUUCUGCUUGGGCCAACUGGAUCAGGUAAAACACUUCUAGCAAAAACGCUGGCUCGCUUUGCGAAUGUGCCCUUCGUGAUUGCUGAUGCAACAGCAAUUACACAGGCUGGGUACUCUGGGGAAGAUGUGGAAUCAAUCGUCUACAAACUUCUAGUGGCUGCUGACUUCGAUGUCGAAGCUGCAGAGCGUGGCAUCAUCUACAUUGAUGAAGUUGAUAAGCUCGCACAGAAGCUCGGUUGCCAGGAGGACCGGAGGGAUGUCUCUGGAGAGGGUGUCCAGCAAGCACUCUUAAAGAUGUUUGAGGGAACGGUGUUCAGUGUGCCAAGGAAGAGAAGUCAAAAUGGCAUGUCUCAUGGUUGUGUGGAGGUUGAUACAACAAACAUACUCUUCAUUUGUGGAGGUGCCUUCUCUGACUUGGGAAAGAUUGUCUCAGAAAGACUUCACCGCUGUCCUUUUGGUUUUGGAACACCAAUACGUCAUGAAUUGGGGGAUUAUGCUUUGACGAAUGCUCUUGGGCAAUCCGGCUUGCUUGAAGAGAUCGAGAAUGACGAUCUGAUUGCCUAUGGCCUGACACCAGAAUUUAUUGGGAGGUUGCCAAUAAUAGUUGGCUUGACUCAUCUCACUGAAGAUCAACUGGUUCAGGUUCUCAGAGAGCCAAAGAACGCAAUAGGCAAGCAAUACAAGAAAUUGUUCAAGAUGAAUGAUGUAAAAUUGCAUAUUACUGAAAACGCUUUGAGGCUAAUAGCAAAGAAAGCAGCUGUGAGGGAAACCGGAGCGAGAGGCCUACGAUCAAUAAUGGAGGGCAUUUUGACAGAAGCAAUGUUUGAGAUCCCCGAUGACGCAGGAGAGGGGAAAGAGAAGAUAAUCGUUGUUCUUGUUGAUGAAGAAUCCGUAGGGACACCAACCCGUCGAGGCUGCGGAGCCAAGAUUUUCCGAGACGAUGGAGCCCUAGAACUAUAUGUUUACCAAAACAAUAUCAGGGUGCCUGGGCUGAUUCAGAGGCCAAAAUGCAGUAUCAUUUGCCGGCUAUGCCUUCUGGUAGCCUUUUCAGCAGCUAAGCUGUGGGUUUAUCAUACGUUUGAUUGUUUCUCCUCAAUAUACGCGUGGAUUAUAUUGAUACUGUGUAAGGCAAACAUUUUCACAGAAUGAAGUACAGUUCGAUAUCA